AACAUUUUAAUUUUUUUAAAAAAUAACAAAUUAUCUUCUACAUUUAGUGAAUAAUUUUUUUAUUGCAUUAAAAAUUAAUGUUUCACAAAUAAAUGAAUAAAUUAAAAAUAAAACUAAAAAUGCUCAUUGUAUAUAUGAUUAUUUUAAUAGGAAUUAUUACUUAUGUAAUUGGUCGUGUAGUAAUUGAAACAAAAGAAAGUGUUACUUAUAAAACAAUUGGAGAUGAUUCAUUUAAUUCUACUGAUGAUUUUCGUAAUACAACAUUUCCUGAGGAAUUCGAUACAUUUUCUGACAAAUCACAAUUGUCAAAUAAAGAUGCAACAGAUCCAUUUAAAGAAAUGAAGUUCUCAAAUGAGGAUGAUUUCGAUAGUAACAAAGAUAAUGUUGAUUGGGAUGACGAUGAUGAUAAUGAUGAUUUUAAUUAUAAAUCUGAAAUUAAUGAUGUAAUAUUUGGUAACUCGAAUCAACAUCACAAGGUAUUCAAAAAUAUCAGCUCUACAAGACAGAAACAUAACAAUACAUUGAAUGCACAACUGAAGUUAGAAAAACAAAAAUUCACUAACGACAGUAAUACAACUCCAAGUCCUAACGAGACAACAACAAUGGAAAAUGGAAGUUUAACAACGACAACAGUACCGAUGACGCCAAAAUAAGAAAAUGUAGAGAGUUGACAUGAUGUUAUACUGUUAUUUAUUGAUUGAAAAUACAAAGUAACUAUGUUUUUCAAAAAAAAUGAGUAAAGAGUAAAUGGCAUUAGUGUACUUAAAAUUGUGGAAAAUAGUGUGACUUUUGAUGUUUUGUAAAGGUAUCGCACAGUUCGUAGACUUGAGGCAUAUCUCAAUGUUG